AUGAAGCAAGAAACUCCUCUGAAGUUUUGUUCUUACAAUGGAAGCGUCUGCUGCAAUACCACUCAGGAUUUGCUGCUGCAGAAACAAUUUGAAGCACUAAAUGUCAUCUAUCCUGUUUGUGCUUCUCUCCUGAAGUCGACUAUGUGUGCAAUAUGUGACCAAUUUUCAGCUCAUCUUUUCGAAAUCGACUCACGGCCUAGAAAGGUUCCUGUUCUGUGCAACACCACAAGUUCAAUGAAAUCACACCAGUCUAAAGUUGGAGAUUUCAGUGACUUCUGCACAAAGCUGUGGAAUACAUGUGGGAACAUAUCCUUAUUGAGCUCUCCAUUUGCUCCAGCCACUCAAGGCAGAACGACUGAUCAUUGGCACUCAAAAGAAGACUUCUGUGAAGCAUUUGGUGGAUCAGAAGAUGCUGUGUGUUUUAAUGGUGAAUCAGUAUCAUUUAGUCAAGUAGAUGCUCCACCUCCUCCAGCUGGUCUGUGCCUUGAGAAAAUUGGAAAUGGGGCUUAUAUCAAUCUAGUUCCUCAUCCGGAUGGUUCCAACCGCGCAUUUGUGUCUAACCAACAAGGUCAGAUAUGGUUGGUAACUAUUCCUCAUGAAGGAUCAAGUGGGAUUUUGGGAAUCAAUGAUUCUGAACCUUUUCUGGACAUUACUGAUCAAGUGCUAUAUGAUACUGAGUUUGGUCUAAUGAGUAUGGCAUUUCAUCCGAACUUUGUGAACAAUGGCCGCUUCUUUCUAUCAUUCAACUGUGAUAAGAUAAAACAUGCAGGCUGUUCAGGCAGAUGUUCAUGUAAUACAGAUGUGAACUGUGACCCUUCAAAGCUUUCUGCUGAUGGUGGGGUGCAGCCCUGUCAAUACCACAUUGUUGUUGCUGAAUUUACAGUUAAUGGUACAGCACUGGAAGCUUCCAUGGCAAAAAGCUCAAAUCCAUCAGAAGUGAGAAGGAUAUUCACAAUGGGGCUUCCUUAUAAAGGAGGUCAUGCAGGUCAAAUUCUUUUUGGACCUGCAGAUGGUUAUCUGUACCUCACGAUGGGAGACGGUUCACAUACAGAUGACCCUUACAAUUUUGCACAGAACAAGAAGUCCUUGCUUGGGAAAAUUAUGAGGCUUGACAUAGAUAACAUACCAAGUGCAAAGGAAAUAAGUGAAAAAAGACAAUGGGGAAAUUAUUCUAUACCGAGAGAUAACCCCUACAUUGGCACCAAGGAGUUGGAGCCUGAGAUAUGGGCCUUGGGAUUUCGAAAUCCUUGGCGCUGUAGUUUUGAUUCAGAAAGGCCUUCCUACUUCUUCUGUGGAGACUGUGGGCAGGAUCAAUAUGAAGAGGUUGAUUUAGUCACAAAGGGUGGGAAUUAUGGAUGGAGAGUUUAUGAGGGUCAUAUGCCCUUUUUUCCAAGAACUUCUCCAGGAGGAAAUACAUCUGCAAGUUCCAUAAGCUCCAUAUUCCCAGUAAUGGGCUAUAAUCACUCUAAUAUAGGACGUGCUGAAUCUGCCUCUAUUACAGGUAGCUAUUUCUACCGGUCCAUGACUGAUCCGUGCAUGUAUAAGAGGUAUCUCUACAUGGAUUUGUAUGCUGAAGCAUUAUGGGCAGGCACUGAAAACCCUGAAAACAGUGGGAACUUCUCGACUACCAAGAUUCCAUUCAGAUGUGCUCAUGACUCUCUGAUGCAAUGUAACAUUGUGGCAGGAGGUUCUACUCCUUCCUUGGGGUAUGUAUUCUCAUUUGCUGAAGACAACAAGAAGGAUGUUUAUGUUCUAACAAGCACCGGUGUCUAUAGAGUCACAAGACCAAGCCGCUGCAAUUUUACAUGUGCUAAGGAACAUGUAGUUGAUUUGGGGACUCAUCGACAGAGUUCUGAUGCCUCCAUGUCAAGAAAAAUGUUCAAGGGAAGCAAAGAUAUUGCAUUUCUUCUUUUGUUUCUUGUUUUGUACCCUGGAUUUGAUCUUGUGAAUCAUUACUUAUGCUAA